UUGUCAAUCUUCAAAUAGAUAAAUGACACAUUUAUAUUUUCCACAUAACUUUUAUUAGAAAAGUACUGUACCGAAUCGACUCCGAUACUGGUUUCUAAUUGUUUUAAAAUGAUUUUUAUUGUUGAUACAACUGUAACUAUGCCUUCCUCAACUCUCUGUUUAAAAUCAAGUGCAUCUCAAAGGGUUUCUUGAGUGCCCUAUUAGUUUUUUUAGUGUAUUAUUUUAUCAUAUAUAUUUCUUAUUAUAUCACUUUAAUGUCAUACUUAAACCUGUCUUAUCAAUUCUGCUCAAGAUAAAAUACACAUAGACAUAUAUUUUUCAUUUAGUAUAUCAGACGAUUAUUGUUUUUCUAAAGUGCUAUAUUUUAUUAAGUUUAUAUAUUUCUUUUAAAUAAUGGCUUCAAGUGACCCUGAAAUUCAUGAUGGCUUUACAUUACCAGUGUGGAUGAAAACAAAACCAGCCAAAGAAUUCGAGCCAUUUUCAACCUCACCGCCAGCGCCUGAGGAUUCAUUCUUCUACAUUCGAUAUCCAAAAACAGAUGCAUUGUUUGGCAAGCCGAAGCUUAACGGUGAUCUCCCAAAGAUUAUUCAAGAACAGCAAAAGGACGUUUCGGUGUCAUUCAACAAUAUUAAAGAGAAGGACUGGUCCAAACAUACCAAGCCGUGCCAGGAUGUCUUACAUGGAAUAGCACCGAUCAAUACAGCAGCUAACCCAUUGAAUUUAAAGCCCAAACCGGCUGGUACAGACGAUGGAUUCAAAGGCGAGGGAGCGGCUUGCGGCACCUCAGUCCUCAAGGUCGCGAAUCAAAUGAUAUCUACUCGUGGGCCGCGCGGCUUCACUGUGGCAUCUCCAUCUGAUGAUGGGCAGGAUACAUCUGGAUACAACUUGAUGGCCCGUCGUGGCAGCAAAAGCCUUCCAACGACGCCCAUGCACUCUCCACCUUCCAGCCCUAACAGCCGUCGCAAGAUGUAUAAUAACAGAUAUUUCACUUCUCCUUAUGAACCAGUGGAGGAUGUCCACGGUCGCUCAUGGCUUACGAUGGCACUUCUGGGUUUUAAGAAAGACCUCACCACUUCCAGUUCAACACUUGCUGAAGAGGAAAUUGUGGAAAAUAGAUUACAGACUAUCACACUCGCAGAGUCCGUCGAAAAUCUGGGCCCUUCACCGAAAAUUAAGGAGCCGAAGAUAAUCAGUGAAACGUCUAACCCUUCCAAAUCCCCAAAAUCAUCCCCAGCUUUCCGUGCAAAACCUUCGGAGCUACGUGAAAUGAAUUUUUGGUCGCCGACAUCUAUGUAAGCUUAAAGAUUUUGAUUUUAAUGUUGUAAUUAUUUGAAAUGUAAUGAUUGAAUCCUAUUGGUAGUAUUGAAAAUGUCUACUUAUGUAAAGUAUGUUUAUGAAAGACUCAUUUAUUUCAAUUUUUCGAUCUUAUAAUUCUGUUGGUGAUUGUAUCUAACUAUGCUGUAACGGAACUCGAAUUCCAGUUUAAACUCGCUUCACUCAGGCCUGCGAUUGGUCGAAUACGCGUUCGCGUUCCCUGCGUGAAGUGAGUUCGAAAUGACAUUUGCAGACUAUGGGGCUGAUUCUAUUAUUUUUUAAUCUUUCAUAUUGAACAAUAGUCGGCAUAUAUUUAGAAUAAAAGUACUUUAAAUAUAUAUAGAAAUUAAUUAGUUUGUUAAGCCUCGAACGUUUAUUUGUAUGGAAACAGACAUUUUGUUAAAAAAAUUUUUUUUUGUCUCGCAUUUUAUCUUACAGUAUUCACACGAAGAGAAUAGAAAAUACACUAUAUUACUUAACUAAUCAAUUUCUUUCAUACAGUUUAUAGAAAAAUUCAUAGAGUGUAUUAAUAGUGGUUAAAUGUAUAACAUAAGCUAACAUAAAAAUAUAUUGACUGGAAUUAGAUAUUCCAUAAAUUCCAUUAAUCUAAGGAUUAAAAUCAUUUCCAUUUUAGUAUGUUAGAUUCACCAGAAUUCAUUGAAUGUACAUCUUAAGCUAAAUAUAGGCAGUAUGUUUUGACUGUGAUCAUUUAAGGUACAUAUUUUUGUAUGAAAAUCACUUCGAUGAUAUUAGUGUUGAUGGGUGUCUGAUGGCAAUCGUCUGUUAAAUGGAGACAAUCUCAGUAAUUAAACCGCCUUUGACCGAAUUUAAAACAUCUAAGAGUGACGCAAAUUCAGACUAAAAUUCAAAGACAAAUUUACUUGCGUAAAUACAAUGAUUUCUAGCACAUUUUUGUCAUUGAAUUUUAGAUUUUGAAUUGGUUUAUAUAUCUUUGUUGUGUGUGUUUUAUCGUGAGCAGAUACGCUAUUUCGGUAAUAAUAAGAAAUGUAUUUCUAGGUUUAAUAAAUUUAUCUCUCUUCAA